AUGUUUGUAAGUCAUGGAGCUAUUGUGAAGAGUGCACCUAAACACUGGAAUGGCUCAAAGUGUCCUAUUCGUAUGCAAGUUAGGGUACCGGAUCCAGACCGCCGUUCGCUACUCCGUGCAGGGGCGCACAUCAUUUUGGGAGGCCUGCUCGCGACGGUCAUUCCAGGCACGUCCCCAAGCAUCGCAAAGAUACGUGAGAAGCCUACGGACAAAGGAGAAGAAGCUCCGAAAAUUGAUGACGAGAAGGAGCUCGACAAGUACGUCAGCGGCCUGAAGUACGAGGAGGAGCUCUACGAAAACCCGGACCCUGCUGAGAAGGAAGUGUACCGGACCCCUCGUGUGGAACGUGAGCCAGAGUAUAAAAAGAAGGAGGACGAAAUAUUAGAGAAGGAGUCGAAAGUGCUGAAGGAAGAGGCGCGCGAGGCGGCUCGGGAGAGCGAAGUCUUACGACAGGAGUUCGAGAAGCGCUAG